AUGAGCUCGGAGGCCACUCAAACGCAAACCAUCGUCGCUAAAAAGACAAAGAAGCUCAAACCCGCUCGAAAACAAGUGAAGCCCGGUGACGUUGAAAAGAAGGAAGCGCCUCAAACCGGGAAAGAGUAUAACAUCUGGUACAACAAAUGGGCCGGAGGUGAUCGAGAGGAUAGCUAUUCAAACAAAGUCAAGUCCCAGACACGCUGCAACAUCAAGAAAGAUGCUGGACUUACACGCGCAAACACGACCGGCGUGAAAUAUUGCUGCCUGUUCUUUGCACGUGGAUGCUGUCCGUAUGGUUGGGAAUGCGAGUAUCUUCACGUCCUACCAGAUGCAUCUAUCGCGCUACCUGAUACAUCCAAGGACUGCUUUGCGCGGGAUAAGUUCGCGGACUACCGCGAUGACAUGGGUGGUGUGGGUAGCUUUCAGCGCCAGAACCGUACUCUAUACAUUGGACGUAUCAAAGAAACUGGUACUGGCGUUGAGACAGAGGAGGUUGUUCGGAGACAUUUUAAGGAGUGGGGUGAGAUCGAGAAGAUCCGCGUGUUGCAAUAUCGGAGCGUGGCAUUCGUGACAUACGUCUCCGAGUUUAACGCACAGUUUGCUAAGGAGGCGAUGGCAUGCCAGUCGCUCGAUAAUGACGAGAUCCUCAAUGUCCGCUGGGCAACCGAGGACCCUAAUCCAGUAUCAAAAGUGCAGGAGAAACGGCGACUCGAGGAGAUUGGACGCGACGCCAUACAGUCUCGCAUAGACCCACGGAUCGUUGAUGCAAUGCGGGCCAUGCGUGCGCUCGAGGAUGGUGACAUGUUGGAUGAGGAUGGUAACGUAAUUGAUGAAGAUGCUCCGGAGGCCAAGAGACGGAAAUUGGAGAUUGAGGGUGCUCCGGAGGAUUCCAUGGAAGAUACAAACCAGGAACAAGAGCAGGGACAGGAGGAAGUACAGCCACCACAGCCAAUCGGUCUUCUGAGUGCAGACACAUUGGAAGGUCUCAAAUAUUUUGCCGAGAUUCGGAAGAGAAAUGGGUUUACAAGCACUCCUGUUCGCAGCGCACCGCCACCUAAACCUCCAUCGGAGGGUCUCGGCCUUGCGGAUUAUGGCAGCGACGAAGAGUAG